AUGGCAGAUAAACCAAAGCGUCCACUUUCAGCAUACAUGAUCUGGCUUAACUCAGCUCGUGAGUCGAUUAAGCGAGAGAAUCCAGACUUCAAAGUCACAGAAGUCGCAAAGAAGGGAGGUGAAUUAUGGCGUGGAUUGAAGGAUAAGAGUGAAUGGGAAGCAAAAGCAGCAACUGCCAAACAGAACUACAUCAGAGCUCUUCAAGAAUAUGAACGUAAUGGUGGAGGUGGAGAUGAUAAAAGCAGCAAGAAGCGUAAGGGAGCUGCACCAAAGAAAGGAGGUGGAGGUGGAAAGAAGAGCAAAAAGGGAGCACAAUCAGACGAUGAUGUUGACUCGGAGUAA